UCCAACCUCAGCGCAAUGCACACAGAUGUGGACUACUUUCUAGUUUGCUCAAGAACCAUUCUAGAAUUUUUUAGCAGUGUGCUGUUAGUGAUAUUUUUCCUGUGCUAUACACAAGCUUUUAUUCCAGAUUUUCUCAUUGUUUAAACCAAACUGUACGUUCGGCUCAUCAUUUCAAACAAAUGGCUGUUUUCCAGUGUGUUUUCUUCGGUUUAAUAAUACUGACUGCACAAAUCGGCGAUGUGGGAGCAAAGGGAUUGGGUGAAAAAGAUGAUGACGAUAUGGCGGCCGAAUCAAUUAAGGAAAUGAUGGGAAAAUUGGACAGUGUUCUCAGGCAGCAGCAGCAGCCGCAACACUCUCGUGAUGCCGAGCCUGUUUCUACCCCAUGCUAUGACGUCACGAGUGGAAGAUCAGUAGUCACUCAGAUCUGUGACAAAAUAUCCAGUCUCGAGGGGAGGCUUGCCAAAACUAGGUCAUGUCCCGAUUACGUUGACUGGGUCAGAGCUGACCAGACAGAGACAAAGAAAAAGAGAAAACCAUCGGCUGAAGAGCAGGAGGAUGAGGAAGACAGCAGCGACGACUCUAGCACUAGCAAGUCCACCACAGACAACUCGAUCACCUUGACUCAGCUCAAGGAAGAAUUAGAAAAACUACAGCGUAAGACAGUGUUCUUUGCCCGCCAGGAAUAUGUUCUCCCUAGCAAUGUCACCCAUCAGAGACUCCAGGGCUACCAGACCACGGUCAACAAAGGGUUUAACUUUUUCCCAAACACUGGAGAGUUCAAAGCUCUAUACCAAGGCAUCUACCACUUUUCCUUAAGCUUUCUCAAGGCUAAAGAGUUUCCGCUUGAAGCUUGCCUGGUGGUGGACGACCAGGUAAUCGCCACUGCGCGGGACGACCAACAAGCUUACAUUGACCUCAUGACCCCGCUAGAGCCAGGCCAGAAGGUAUGGGCUGACGUCACCACCACCAACUUGACAGAAGACAACGAGGUCACGUUGACGUUCUCCGGCUACUUGGUCAACUGAAACAUGGAUCUUUGUGUGCCAUCUUACCGUUCUGGCUGUGACAAGGUUCUUAGUCUAGGAGUUCAUAAGAUCAACAACUUGUUUUCCAGGCUUUCUAUACUCUUCGCGUGCUCUUUACAAGCACAAAAUUCCUUGUAAAAAUUACUCUCUAAAUAGGAAAUAAUACAGGCAUCAUCCUAAUAAUAAUCUUCGAAAAAAUAUAUGUGCUUCGUUUCUCCAAAUGAACGGAUUAUUGAAAAGUAGAGAGAAAAGAAAAUAUGUCUCAUGUCUGGAGCAGUAUGUCUAUAUUAUUAUACAAAGUGCCGUGGUCAAAAUACUCGUAGGUUACCUUGUAGAUAGUAUUUGUUACAAACUUGCAAUUGUACUGCGUUAGUGUACGUAGUGUAGUGUGUACAAAUGAAACGAUGUUUUCAAAUAGAAGUGCUCUUUGAACAACCUUUGCUAAUUCGCUUUGCAUACACUCACAAGAUACGGCACCCCUUAAUAAUCACAGUAUCAAACGUGCAAUGAUAAGGAAGGUGCACCAGUGCAAAUUUUGAGGAGGUUUUACGGUUUUGCAAGUUAAAAACUGAACCGGUUUUGAAUGUAAAAUAUUGAUCUUGUUGACUUCAGAGCACAUUUAAAAGUCUCUUGUGUUUCGAUCUGUCUUUCUGCGUAAUGUUUUUGGCUUGUACCGCCCGUUUCUGUCUAUGAACUCGUGAGAAACAUUUAAAAUAACAUACAAAAGCUG